AUGGCGUCCCGCAAGGCUGUGGUCGUCUUGCUAAUGGUAUAUGCAGCUGCCAUGCUGACCUCCCAGAUUGCAGCCUUCGUUCCCACCUUCACGUGGACUGAACUCCAGAGAAUGCAGCUGCUCCGGCGGGCGCAAAUGGGAGUGCGAAUGACCGCUAGGCAGCUGGAAAAGUACCAGGCAGCCCUGGAAGGGCUGCCGAGGGAGGCCAUGUCGCUGGACCCCUUUGGUAAGCACGUGAGGGUGGUAUCUCUGUGGCUUAAACCAGGCCGACCACCCUGCCAUUGA